GGCCAUGGAUGGAAGUCCUUCAUUGAGGCGUAUGACUGUGAUGAGGGAAAAGGGAAGGCGGCAAGCAAUUAGAGGUCCAGCGUUUAUGUUCAAUGACAGGGGUACGAGCCUCACUGCUGAAGAAGAGCGCUUUCUGGAUGCAGCAGAAUAUGGGAACAUCCCUGUGGUGCGCAAAAUGUUGGAAGAGUCAAAAACAUUAAAUGUCAACUGUGUUGACUACAUGGGCCAAAAUGCCUUGCAGCUCGCAGUGGGAAAUGAACAUUUGGAAGUGACGGAACUUCUGUUAAAGAAAGAGAAUCUGGCACGGAUCGGAGAUGCCCUGCUGCUUGCAAUUAGCAAAGGGUAUGUCCGGAUAGUGGAAGCGAUCUUGAAUCAUCCUGGGUUUGCUGCUAGCAAGAGACUGACUCUGAGCCCCUGUGAGCAGGAACUCCAAGAUGAUGACUUUUAUUCUUAUGACGAAGAUGGCACCCGCUUCUCUCCAGACAUCACCCCCAUAAUUUUGGCUGCCCAUUGUCAGAAGUAUGAGGUGGUACACAUGUUGCUAAUUAAAGGGGCGAGGAUAGAGCGACCUCAUGACUAUUUCUGCAAAUGUAAUGACUGCACCGAGAAACAAAAGCACGAUUCUUUUAGCCAUUCCAGGUCAAGGAUAAAUGCAUACAAGGGACUAGCAAGUCCUGCUUACUUAUCUCUGUCCAGUGAAGAUCCCGUCCUUACUGCUUUAGAACUCAGCAAUGAACUUGCCAAACUUGCCAAUAUUGAGAAAGAAUUCAAGAAUGACUAUCGCAAGCUGUCUAUGCAAUGCAAAGACUUUGUGGUUGGUGUCCUUGAUCUCUGCCGAGACUCUGAAGAGGUAGAAUCCAUUCUGAAUGGCGAUUUGGAGGCUGAGCCACUUGAAACACAAAGGCACAGAGCUUCAUUGAGUCGUGUCAAACUGGCAAUUAAAUAUGAAGUGAAAAAGUUUGUGGCCCAUCCAAAUUGUCAGCAACAGCUGUUGACUAUCUGGUAUGAAAAUCUCUCAGGAUUACGGGAACAGGCCAUAGCUAUCAAGUGUCUGGUUGUGCUGGUGGUUGCCCUGGGACUUCCAUUUCUUGCUGUUGGCUAUUGGAUUGCACCAUGUAGCAGGCUUGGAAAAAUUCUCCGAAGUCCAUUUAUGAAAUUUGUGGCACAUGCAGCCUCCUUCAUUAUUUUCCUGUGCCUACUGGUGUUUAAUGCUUCAGACAGAUUUGAAGGCAUCUCAACAUUACCAAAUAUUACUGUUACUGAUUACCCUAAGCAGAUCUUUAGGGUUAAGACUACUCAGUUCACCUGGACUGAGAUGCUGAUCAUGAUAUGGGUGCUUGGUAUGAUGUGGUCUGAGUGCAAAGAACUGUGGUUAGAAGGACCCAGAGAAUAUAUUUUGCAGCUGUGGAAUGUUCUGGAUUUUGGGAUGUUAUCUAUUUUCAUUGCUGCUUUCACAGCCAGAUUGUUAGCAUUUCUUCAAGCCACAAAAGCUCAGCAAUAUGUGGAUAAGAACAUUGAUGGGCCAGACCUCUCUGUAGUGACACUUCCUCCAGACAUAGAAUAUUUUACUUAUGCUCGAGAUAAAUGGCUCCCAUCUGAUCCACAGAUUAUAUCAGAAGGCCUUUAUGCAAUAGCUGUUGUGCUUAGCUUCUCUCGGAUUGCUUAUAUCCUGCCUGCAAAUGAGAGUUUUGGACCACUGCAGAUUUCACUUGGAAGGACUGUAAAAGAUAUUUUCAAGUUUAUGGUCCUUUUUAUUAUGGUUUUCCUUGCAUUUAUGAUUGGGAUGUUCAUACUGUACUCCUACUAUCUUGGAGCCAAAGUAAACCCAGCUUUUACAACAGUUGAAGAAAGCUUUAAGACCUUAUUUUGGUCGAUAUUUGGCUUAUCGGAGGUCACCUCAGUUGUCCUCAAGUAUGAUCAUAAAUUCAUUGAGAAUAUUGGCUAUGUGUUAUAUGGAAUAUAUAAUGUAACAAUGGUUGUGGUUUUGCUCAACAUGCUGAUUGCCAUGAUCAACAGCUCAUACCAAGAAAUAGAGGAUGACAGUGAUGUAGAGUGGAAAUUUGCUCGUUCUAAACUCUGGUUAUCAUAUUUUGAUGAUGGAAAAACUCUGCCACCUCCUUUUAGUAUUGUCCCAAGUCCCAAGUCCUUUUUUUAUUUCUUCUUGAGGAUCAUUAGAUUAUUUACAUGCAGGAGGAGAAGUCUGCAAAAGGAUAUGGAAAUGGGAAUGGGCAACUCAAAAUCUAGGCUUAACCUCUUUUCUCAAUCCAACUCGAGGGUUUUUGAAUCACACAGCUUUAAUAGCAUUCUCCAUCAGCCCACACGCUAUCAGCAAAUCAUGAAGAGACUUAUAAAACGUUAUGUUUUGAAAGCACAAGUGGAUAAAGAAAAUGAUGAAGUCAAUGAGGGUGAAUUAAAGGAAAUUAAACAAGAUAUUUCCAGUCUUCGUUAUGAACUUCUAGAAGAUAAGUCUCAAGCAACAGAGGAGUUAGCAAUUCUCAUACAUAAACUGAGCGAGAAACUUAACCCAAAUAUACUGAGAUGUGAAUGA